UUUGCCGGCGCUCGGGCUCCCUAUUUUGUUCCUCAGAGCUUCUGCUGUUUUUCCCCGUUUGUUUUUGUUUCUGGGACCCCGGGAUCUGAUGGAUUUCACGUAGUUGAGUUGGUCGACGCCAUCUUUUCCGUGUUCCCAAGUUUUAACUUUGGUGAUUUAUUAUAUUUUAAUCCCCCACCACCACCUUUCUGUGUUUUUUUUUCUGUUUGUAUUCCUCCGGCUGGACCAUGGCUGCUGCCUUCGAGCGGCCAACUUUCUGCUGCUGCCGGAAAGUUGUGACCGGCUCGGCUAAAAGCGAGAGUUUGGAUCCGUCCCGGGACUGCCCUGUCGACAUCGCCUCUGCCUCCAACUUCCAGCAUUUCCAGAUCCAGCAUUUCCACCUGGAGCUGGACAUCAACUUCCCGAGCCGGGAGAUCCAGGCGGUGGAGGUGCUGGACUUGGUCUGUCUCCAUCCCGACACCCAGAGCCUGGUCCUGGACUCGCACCAGUCGCUGCUCAUCCGCUCGGUCAACGCUAAAUGUCGGUGCAGCUCGGGGGAAAACAGCUGGCCCCUCAGUCACCGCCUCGACCCUUUCACCGACUAUGGCUCCUCUUUAGUGAUAACCCUGCCGGCUGCCAUCAAACCUCUCAGCAACUUCCAGAUCAUCAUCAGGUACACUACAGCCGAUGGGCCGGCGAUUUGGUGGCUGGAUCCAGAAUUAACAAAUGGAAAAUCCAAACCGUUCCUUUUUACACAUGGUCACUCAGUGUGUAACAGGUCCUUCUUUCCCUGCUUUGACACUCCUGCUGUCAAGAGUACUUACUCCGCUACAGUUAUGGUUCCACCUGGUAUUAGAGUGCUGAUGAGUGCAACGCGGAGCACAUUUGAUGAGCAAGAAAAUAUAUACCGAUUUCAAAUGGAGUAUCCGGUUCCUGCUUACCUGUUAGCGCUUGUAGCUGGGGAUCUGAUUUCUGCUGAUGUAGGUCCACGAAGCAGAGUUUGGGCUGAACCUUGUUUGUUAAAAAUUGCAACCGCAAAACUAAAUGGCACUGUGGAACGGUGGCUAAGUGCUGCAGAGAAUCUCUUUGGGCCAUAUAUGUGGGAAAGGUAUGAUGUUGUUUUCCUUCCACCCUCUUUCCCAAUUGUCGCGAUGGAAAACCCAUGUUUGACUUUCAUUAUUUCCUGUAUUUUGGAAAGUGAUGAAUUUCUCAUUAUUGAUGUUAUCCAUGAAAUUGCACACAGUUGGUUUGGAAAUGCAGUUACCAAUGCCACAUGGGAAGAAAUGUGGCUGAGUGAGGGCUUAGCAACAUAUGCACAACGUCGCAUUACCACAGAAACCUAUGGGGCUGCUUUUACUUGUCUUGAAACCACUUUUCGACUGGAAGCACUGCAUCGUCAGCUGAAACUGCUUGGAGAUGAGAGUCCAGUCAGCAGACUACAAGUGAAGUUUGAGCCAGGCGUCAAUCCCAGCAGUCUAAUGAAUCUUUUCACCUAUGAGAAAGGAUUCUGCUUUGUGUACUAUCUUUCACAGCUCUGUGGAGACACAAAGUGCUUCGACUCCUUCCUCAGAGCCUAUGUAGAAAAGUUCAAGUUUACAAGUGUUGUUGCAGCUGACCUGCUAGAAUUUUUCCUCGGCUUUUUUCCUGAUCUCAGGGAGAAAUGUGUGGACAACAAAGAAGGGUUAGAAUUUGAGCGCUGGCUGAAUGCAUCGGGACCACCAUUGUUGGAGCCAGAUUUGUCUCAGGGAUCUAGUUUGAUUAAACCAGUGGAAUCUCUGUACCAGCUCUGGAGUUCAGAAACUCUUGAUGGAAACCGUAUUACUGACGUUGAUAUUUCUAAAUGGAAAACAUUCCAAAUAGUUCACCUGUUGGACAAACUUCUAGACAGAUCUCCACUGCCUCAUGAGGCCAUGAUGAAGCUCUCAAAGAGUUACUCUGCGCUGCUCGACUCAAUGAAUGCUGAAAUUAGAAUUCGUUGGUUACAGAUUGUAGUCAGAAACAACUAUUUACCAGAUUUCUACAAAGUGCGACGAUUCCUGGAAAAUCAUACCUCACGAAUGUACACUGGUCCUUUGUAUGAGGAUCUGUGUGCUGGAACCAUGAAGGCCAUUGCCAUGGAGACCUUUUACCUGACUCAGAACAGACUGCAUGUGAACUUGAGGAGAGCAAUCCAACAGAUUUUUGCACAUAGUGCUAACCCUGCUGCUGUUAUGACACUUCUAGAAGAUAAACCAUCCGAUGCAUCAAACCCCAUCUCACUCAGGGAUGUCAAUGUCUCAGCAUAGCUGAUCAACCCAUGCCAUUAUUGGAUGCAUUCAAGAAAAUAACUAACGUGACAACCUAACAGCUACAGAAACUGAAAAUGUUUCCAGCUAUGACUUUUUAAUUUAAACAAAAUUCCAGGAUUUGCGCUGGUUACCUUAAGGACCUCUUCCACGGAAUGGAGGAGCCUAAAUCAGCAUUCCAAAACUGUUUUUUACAAGACAGUAUUUCAUUCAACCAUUUGGCAUGUAGUUCUAAUAGUAAUUUUGUCACUCUUGAGUGUUUGACAUACAUUCAGGACAUGUAACUUCACAAAUCAUAGAUUGAGGAUGAUUCAUUGUUAAUCCAGGCACUCGAAAUCUUCAGUGAGCAGAACAGCUCGAAAGAACAGACAGCAUCUCAACUUCAACAAGUUAGCUACUACAGUGUAGAACCUAUUGCUGCUGAAGAGGCAAUUAACAAGUGAUCUGCCAGUGAAUGGUUGGUGCUAGUGAAAUAAUUAGUUUAGUAUUGGUUGCUUCUCGUUAGUUAGUUACAGAUUAGAAGUUACAUAUGAUGUAUUGCUAAUAGAACAGGAAUCAUUGAGACAGCAUAAAGCAAAUGAAUUCUGAUUUUGCCAAAACAGAAAGAUUCGUAAGUAAAAUCGCUCAUUUCCAAUAAGUUUGGUCCAUAUUGCUCAGUCCACAUGUUCCAUUUUCAAUAUAAAUUUGAUUAGUAACAGCAAGCAUUGUUCAGCAGUAAUGUAUUAUUCAAUGCAAGAUCUUUCGGUGCAUUAAUUGAUGCAUUAUGCAUCUUGUUUUUACCUCCGAAGGGAGAUUUCACUUGUAGCAAGUUGAGAACCAACUUAAUUCAUAUACAUAUUUCCGGCAGACUAGAAUCUACACUGGGAUGCAUACAGAAGCAUAGAGAUGUAAAGGUAAUGAUUUAAAUGUUCUGCAUUUGGGCUGUUUCAAAGUAAUUUCAAUUGGAUCCUUUGCAUUUGGUCCAAAAUUAUUUAAGAUUGGUUUAUUUUGCCUUUACAUUAUACUAUGAAUUGAAAUGUGUCUCUUCGCUUAUUGUUUUCUGAUAUUUGACUUCAUAUUUUUGCAGAAUUUUUUGGAAAGAAUUAUUGGAAUGAAUAUUUUCGAGAAAGUGAAUGAACGCUAGAAUUCUUAGAGUUCAUUUACUUGCAAUCCUUUGAAAUAGUGGAAUUAGGCACUUGAAUAUUUUACCCAAAUUUGUCAACUGUUUUAUUACAGUAAAUAAAAAACAUAUCGUCAGAACGAUUAGGUUAAAAGAAAGAACAUUUGCUCCAAAGUUCUAAUGAGACAUUUUCUUUUAAUCCAUAGAGCAAUCCUUCAUCUUACACUGCAGUUUGUACAGUAGAGUCUAAAGUAUUCCAUCUCUAAGUACAAUUGUAUUUCACUUCCAUCAUAGCUGUGUUUCAUUUAUUAAAACAUUUGGCAAACCUAGUGGGUUGAUAGGCAUAUCUGUGUGUGUUAUGGAAUGAUGCUGUGGCAUUUGGGAUGGGAUGCAUUGAAGUUCAACAUUAGCUGUUGUUCCACAGUCUUGAUGUGGAGAUGCCAGUGUUGGACUAGGAUGGACAAGGUCAAAAAUCGCACGAUAUCAGGUUAUAGUCCAACAAUCUUUUGGACACCUGAAGAAGGAGCGAGACUCCAAAAGCUUGUGUCAUCAAAUAAAUCUAUUGGACUAUAACCUGGUGUUGUGUGAUUUUUGACCCAGUUCCACAGUCUGGUAGUUGGGUGCCUGGUUGUGGUUCAGAGAGAAGAUAGAAUAUUGUGCAGUUCAUUAUGAUUGGCGCUGUACUAAUGUGGUGGUUUUGACUGUUGCCGAUUUCUGUUUGUUUCGAUGCCGGAUUAUCUAGGACACCUCUGUUAUUCAACUUGAUGAAUAGCAUGCGCUCCCAUAGCUGCAAGUGUUGGAUUUAGUAAAUAUGCUAUUGAGGACGACCCAGGAGAUAAAGACAACACUGAAAGAAUUGUAGCCACUGCGUCCACACUGGAACCACCUCAACAAAGUCCAUUUAUUCUGAUUAAAUUUUUGUACCUUUUCCCUUUUUGUAUUUCUUAAAGUAUGUUCAAAAAAGACAUAAAUUUGUACAGGGGCCAAAAACUGUGUUAUGAAUUUGCACAAGAACUUGUAUGCAACUGUUCAACUGGCCAUACUUUUCUGAGGUAGUGCAGCCAGUGGUGCCUUUUCCAUCAGUAUUCUACUGAUUUCUAAUCCAUAAGCUUCAGUUUCCUUUUACAGAAGCCUCAUUAUACCAUGUUCAGUAAAUGAAAUAAAACACUUGCUCAGAAAAUGGAUUGUUAAUUGUUUACAAAAAAAAAUUCUGUAAGUCAGAACGAUUUUGUUAUGUCCAAAUAGUACAUUUGUCUUAGCAACCCAAACUGAUUUAGCUUUGUCUUUUUAUGAAACAUAAUAUUUUGCAUAGUGGCAUGUUAUUGUUAAGAUGAAAGUUAUAUUUUCCCAAGACUGAAAAAGCUAUUUAUCCAUGAUCUUAUGUGGAUGCCGUAGUUUUCAGGUUUAUAAUUUUCAUAAUGUUAACUGAUAACUAAUGAAGAUUAAAAUAAAAAACAAACCCAAUUCUGAACAAAUACACCAAGAACAUUUUAACAUGUCUUUAUCUUCUUGGAUGUUAACUGACCUGUUGUAUAUUUCCAACGUUUUCUGUUUUUAUUUUCAGAUUUCCAGCUUUGAAUUUUGUCUUUCAUUUGUACGCAAAAAACUUUCUUUUUAUUACCCAACUAAAAUCAUACCAGAAUUUAUACUUGCAAAUUCAUCAAACUGAACUGUAUGUAUCUAUUUUAAGAGGAAAAGGCUAAUGGAAACAUUUUAUUUUAUCAAAGUAUUUUGCAAGUACCGAUAAUGUGAAAAUGUGAAUGUAAACAAAAAUAAACAAGGAAGCCAUGAUUUAGUGGUUGACUUGGAUAAUGCUAUUGUUUCAAUAACAUAAGGACAGGUUUGUUAUAUCUCCAGUACCAUUUGGAACAUAACUGGAAUUGUAUGUAUGUGCAGGGGACGUAGAGUAGACUGUAAAGUGAUCUUUCAGAUAAGAAAGAACAGUGCAGACUUCUGAAUUGAUAUGUUGUGAGGCGGUAGAAAAGCCUACAACUAAAACUGAACACUUGAAAAAUAAUUUCUAGAGAAAAUCUGAGUAUAUCGGGAUUGAGUGCAUGAUUGUAGUUUCAAACAUUUCAGUUGGUUAUCACUGGAACUUUGUGUUUGAAAAUGAAAAAUUAUUUCAGAAUGAAUAAACCAUUAUGCAAUGGACAAUAAAUCUUGGUAAUGGAGACCAUAA